CUGGAACCUACAUAGACUUCCAGGGUUGGGGAAUCUCCCAAGUCCAGUUUCUCGGAAAUAACAGCUUCCCCGCAUCUUCGUCGCUAUCAACCUGUCGAACCCGGUGCCCACUCCUUUGCCUCACACCACCUCCUAAUCUGUACGAAGAACAGAUCAUAGGAUUCCUCGAGUUCGAGCGAUGGUCAUUCGACUAGAUAACCUUGUUUGUGCUGCAAUCGGCUGCUUUUGGAAUAAUCAGGCGGGCUCGAACGCGUGGUAGUCGUGACGGAAGCAUGAAUUCGCAGCCUUCUCAGUACUGUAAUAGCUCCUGGAUGAGACUACAGUUAGAUUACAAUUCCCUUCAUUCAAAUCGACUGAAUUCACCAAAGGACCAAUCCAAUGUCCGGGGAUUUGACGCCGGUCCAGCCCCGGUCUCGACUUGAACGUCUACCAGUGGAAAUCAUUCAGGCAAUCUUCCUCCAUUGUCUCGAGAUAAAUCUCCCACGAGCCUCCUUACAUAUAUCUAGAGCUCUCUCUGAUUCAGUCAUAUAUACAUGGCUCAUUCGGCUUGCCUUCAGUAGCGCCAACGAGAGCUCUAGGCACGACUUCUUUACCCCGGAUUAUCUGCCUCCGCCGCUCGACUUUUUCGCACUCUCGACGCAGGAACGAAGAGAUUUGCAAACCACCAUUCUCGAAUGCCGGUGGAGUACAUUACCAUUGAUACGGAAGUGCCAAAGGGAACAUGUCAAGCAUGCGGUUCGUCGCAAGUGUCUUGAUCUGGACCUUUCUCCUGAAAACAGCGAUGCCUUAAGCAAGAUCAAGGAUAGAUUCGCAGAAUUACCAAGAGAUGAUUAUCGGACUGGUCGACGUGGGAAAGGCGACUUGAUUCUCAGGGCCAAGACACGUCAAUCCAAUGUGGAGUGCAAGAUUGCAAUUUGGUUCCAUUUUGGAGCGUUCCAAAUCCGCGAACAUAACGAUGUAUACUUGGAGCAAGACACCUUCCGCCUUCCGAGCUGUACGGUCGACUUACCUGCUCGUGUUCCAGAAAAGCUGCUUUGUCCACCAUGGACAGAGUCUAAGCUUGAAUUUUUGAGUCUGUUAUCAAUGGAUGCAUACAUCGACGAAGAUAGCACUUAUGGUCGGUCGAAACGGAUAUUGCGGCAGUUGAUCCGUGGCCGCGACUUUCGAACUUUUGAGCGAUUAUUGGGCUUCCACAUUCGGGUCAGGGACUAUAACUAUCCUAUCCGCUGGCCGGUACUCCCGAGUCACUUUCACAUAGCAGUGAGGUAUGCAAAUGAACGUGGUGAUCCAUUUGUCAAGCUCUUAGUGGACGAGCGAUGGGAGGACAUCCCACCACACGAUCUGCGACUUAAGGACGACUUGAUGACAAAGGCAGGAACGAAUAGUCUAUGAAUUGGUGAUACUUAAUAUGGGUGGAAGGCAGGACUAUACAAGCAUAACAAAGUUGGUGCAUGUCACAUUAACAUUAAGAAUACAGAUUACGGCAUAAACCCACGUAAAGACUCGCUUUGAGGGUAUUGAAUAGAGAUAAUAUCAGAAAACAAAGACCAAACCAAUAGUUCCAACCUCAUGUCCGUCGUGACUCGUAA